AUGGAUCCGAUCUUGCUCGAUGAGAAGGGCUGUAAGAUUCAGGCAGGGAUUAAGGCUCCAUUAAUCCCUAUGUUUAUCUCACAGCUUCAUGAGGAUGAAGUUGUUAUUCUCUCCAGAUUUGGUGUUGGAGAAAACACCGAUGCUUACAAAGUUAUUAACCAUGGUUACAAGAUUAACUUUUACCGAUGUACGGUUGUUACACGUGCGAAUGGUUGGCAAGGUGUUGAUUACGUAUUUAAUUUCAUCGCACAUUCACAUAUUCUUAAUGGAGAUGGAAAGGAUCUGCUCACGUGCGAUGUUGCUGGAAUUGUUGUCUCAUGUGGAGAUAUGGAAAUCUUUCCUAAUGAAAGAAAAAAGAUGAAUUUGGAUCUUCAAGAUGGGAGAGGUAUCCGUUGUACUUUGUGGAAUAUGUAUGCACAAGAAUUUAAUGAUUUUUUGUCUCAAAACUCUCCGAAUGAGACUGUGAUGGCUUCAUUUGUAAUGAAUUGUUGGAUAUGUAUAUUGUUUCUUGCGGGUCAAUAUACUGUUCAGAGUGAUAAGUUUGGAAGUCGUCUAUUUCUCAACCAAGAAAUUGAUGAGAUUAAUGAACUUCGCAAGAGUCUUUUAGUGAAACAAUUUGAAGCUGGUGCUUCUUCUUCUCAAACCAUUCUUUCAUCUCAGAGUGUGUUUCCAGUCCGUCAAGAAUUUCUAAUUGAGACUCCUAAGAGACAUGUUGAUGAAAUUAUUGAGAUUGAUAGUGGAAUGUCAUGUGUGGUAGUUGCAACGAUCAAAAUUGUUCAACAAAACUAUGGAUGGUUUUAUCCGGCAUGUCGAGACUGUAACAAGAAGGUGUUGACCAAAAUUGAGUACUUACAAUAUGCUAAAACCAUUUCUGAUAAGGUCAUGAAUCUGUCACCUGCUUCAUUGGUUUGUCCGAAAUGCGAUAAAGAAUGCACAUCGAUAACCAUAAAGUUCAAAGUACAUCUGAGAGUGCAAGAUGAAACUGGCAGCGUUUCUUUUGUGAUGUUUGAUAAAGAUGUAAUGAAGCUUAUUGGUUCAACUGCGAAUGAUAUAAGGGAACGCCAAGUGAAGCUUGAUGAUACUGAAACUUUUCCCCAUGAAAUAUCACAGUUGGUUGAAAAGAAGUUGGCGUUUAAAAUUAAAGUUUCUGAUUACAACCGUAACCAUGACUACCACGUCUACACUAUCCAAAAAGUAUGUGAUGAUCCGGACAUAAUUGCUGAAUUGGUUGGUGGUAAUGGAAAUGCUCUUGAGGUUGCUGAUGAGGUGUUUAGUCAAGAAGGUUCAGAAAUUAAAGCUGUUCAAUUAUCUGAAUCCUCACAGAUGGCCGGUGCUGAUAUUUCAAAGGAUGUUAUAUCUGUUAUGGCCGACUCUUCCGUUGUCGAAGCUGAGAAGGAUUCGGCCACCAGUCCUAAUGGUAAACGUUCGUUGCAGGAUGUGGAAGGUCAAAAUGUUGGGGAACUCUCUUCUAACAACAAAAGGAGCCGGAGGAAGCCAUCUAGGCUUAACACUUAG